CGCCCCGCUCCGCCCCCGGGCAUCCGGUGAGCCCCGCGCCGGGGCGGGCGGGCGGCAUAAAGGCGGGACCGGCCUGCUCUGCUCCGCUCGCUUGUGCUCCUCGGCGGGUCUUGACCUUCCUCCCCUGCAGCCCGGCCGGCCAGGUAUCUGAAGAAAGAGCCUCAAGAUGAAUUUCUUCCUGGAGAUGCUCAAAGUCCUUGGACUUAUGACUUACUACAUGUUGGAGUCACUGGUGUUUUUGUUUGUGCCGAAACGUAAGAAGAGCGUUAGUGGUGAAAUAGUAUUAAUAACAGGAGCAGGAAGUGGAAUUGGAAGACUCUUAUCCUUAAAAUUUGCCAAACUUGGAGCCACGCUGGUUCUUUGGGACAUUAAUCAAGAAGGGCUCCACGAAACGAGCAGACUGGCUGGAGAAAAUGGAGCAGUGAAAGUACAUGCUUACAUCUGUGACUGCAGCAAAAGGCAGGAAGUCUACCGAGUAGCAGAUCAGGUUAAAAAAGAAGUUGGUGACGUUAGCAUCCUAGUCAACAAUGCUGGUAUUGUAACUGGGAAGAGGUUUAUCGAGUCUCCAGAUUCGCUUGUGGAAAAAACUAUGCAAGUGAACAUAAUGGCACACUUUUGGACUUGCAAAGCCUUCCUCCCAGCAAUGAUAGCCUCUAACCAUGGACAUUUGGUUAGCAUCGCAAGCUCAGCGGGACUGAUUGGAGUCAAUCGUCUUGCAGAUUACUGUGCAAGUAAAUUUGCAGCAGUUGGUUUUGCAGAGUCUGUUGAUGUAGAGAUGAGAAGUCUGGGGAAGACUGGUAUUAAAACUACAACUGUGUGUCCUUAUUUCAUAAGCACAGGAAUGUUUGAUGGCGCUGAGACCAAGUGGUCACGUCUGCUUCCUGUUCUAGAGCCAGAGUAUGUGGCUGAAAAGAUAAUGACUGCUAUUCGACAAGACCAAGAAAUUUUGUUCCUACCACGCAGUCUGUAUGUUUUCUUUGCUUUGAAAAACAUCCUGCCAGUGAAAAUCUCUGUUCUCCUUGCGGAAUUUGCUGGGGCCUACAAUUUAAUGGAUAACUUCAAAGGUCAAGGGAAGAAGGACUGAAAAUGACAAAAUUCAGCAAUGCAAAAGCAGAGCUUGUUAAAGGUGGUGGUAGGAAAGGUCUGCUUCUGUAGCAGCUGUGGACUUAAGGUGCCUCACUUCUAGUUAGUAACAUUUUUUAAGAAAAUUGCUUUUUAAUUAGCUUUUAACCGUUUUCAUCUGAACUUUUUAUCCAAUGAGCUGUUUCCUUUUUGCUUCAUUAUGGAAAUUGAUUAAUUGAAAUAGACCACCAAGGGAACCUAUUAUAAUGCCUUAAAUACCAUUCUGCUUCACAAAUUAAUAAUCGACAUUUUUGGGGGGGAGAUGGGACCAAGAAAUCUUGUGAUUGGCUGGGAGUCAGGAGAGCCUCUAAUGGACCCGACCCGACCUCUCAGUGUCAUUCACUGGACCGUGAGGAGGGGCUGUACUGCCAGUGCCAUUACCAUUCCUCGGUAAACUGAGGAACUCAAGAGUUUCCUGAACCAACAGAUUCAAGUUUAUACAAACGGAAGUUUUAUGCAAUGAAAAUGUGCUCUGUUGGUGCAAAAUGAAUGUAAUGUAUCAGUUUGGGGGGGGUUGGUGAUCUCAGGGUUCACAGAUGACUAUGCAUGUCUUGGGGGGGGGGGUGGGAAGGAAUGAAUAUAAAUGACGUUUGUGCUGCUAAUUGACUUUUUGUGUAAUUUAUUUUAAAAGCUAAUACUAUGCCUGCAACUUUGUAGUAGAAUUCUGCAUACCUUUUAAGUGCAAUAUUUUAGGAACAACUUUAACUUUUUGCCUCCUAAGUGGAGUACACUUAUAAGACUAACAGUCUAGAUGGGCUAUCAAACAUCUUGCCAAGAAGGACAUCAAGCUACUAAAAGCAAAGGUAUUGCAUGGUAUAAUCAGGGCUUCUCCUGUGAUUAUUUCAGAAAGGAAUGGUGCUGAGGGAACUGGAGUCAAUGGGACCACUACAGCUCCAGCUUGAGUAACAGCAUCAUGUUCUGUUCCUCUGGAUCGGGCAGAAGGUUGCCUUGUGCCUACAGUGACUUGUUUUACUUUCCUUUUACUCUUUGGACUGUCCUCUGGUAGGCUGAGGAAGCCUUGCCCUUUCUGACAAUGACCACCAGAAAACUGAGAACAACAUCGUGACUUUAGGUAAAUCCUAAACAAGAAAAAAGAUUAUACCUUAAACGUAUCCCAUUUCUGCACAUGCUGGUUAAGCCCAUCUCAUGUCACAGUAGUCCAUUGGCAAUUGGCAAUACCUACAAACUAAGACUAUAGAAUUUAGUAUGAAAUUAAUUGCAGACAUUAUAAAGAAAAAGGUGACUUUUAU